AUGGCAGCCCAGGUGCUUUGGGGCGGCCUCUGCCUGCUCCGUGUGCUGUGGUGUCUCCUUCCGCAGACAGGCUAUGUGCACCCAGAUGAAUUUUUCCAGUCGCCUGAAGUCAUGGCAGAAGACAUCUUGGGCACGGAGGCGGCGAGGCCCUGGGAGUUUGGCCUGAGCAGCUCCUGCCGCACGGUGGUCUUCCCGCUGCUGACCUCUGGCUCUGCCUUCUGGCUCCUUAGGCUCUGGGAACAGCUGCGGCCUCAGCCGGGCCUGGUGAAUGCCUACAUGCUCCUGGUGGGACCCAGGCUCCUCCUCACCGUCCUCUCCUUUGCCCUGGACUGGGCCGUGUACCAUCUGGCCCCACGGUGGGGGGCGGAGCGCUGGAAUGCCCUGGCCCUCCUGGCUGGCUCCUACGUCACGCUAGUCUACUACACAAGGACCUUCUCCAACGCCAUUGAGGGGCUGCUGUUCGCGUGGCUGCUAGUGCUGGUGUCUCCCCACGCGGCUGAGAGCUCCACACCCAAGCAGCCUGCUCCUGACCCCUGGUGGCACCGCUGGCUUCUCGGGGGCAUCAUAGCUGCUGGCUUCUUCAACCGGCCCACCUUUCUGGCUUUUGCUGUGGUCCCCCUCUUCCUCUGGGGCACUGACAGAGCCCCAAACCGUGGCUUCAAGUCACUGGCCCAGGAGGCCCUGACACUGCUCCCCGGGGCGGCCCUCACGGCAGCUACAUUUGUGGCCGUGGACAGCUGGUACUUCUCUAGCCCAUCUAGAGGGAACCCAUUUGUCCUGACUCCUGCCAACUUCUUGCAUUACAAUCUGGACCCUCAGAACCUGGCGAGGCACGGCACACACAUGCGGCUCACCCACUUGGCAGCCAACGGCUUCCUGCUCUUCGGGCCACUGCAUGUCAGGGCCCUGCAGGCUGUGUGGCAGCAAUUGCAAACCUGCUUCCAGCCCUUUGCAAAAAUGGGCUUCCUCAGGCUGCCGGGGGCCCAGAACCUGAUGGGCAGUCCCAGGUCUUACCUCCUUCUCUUCUACUUCACACCGUUGGCCUUGCUGUCUGCCUUUAGCCACCAGGAGGCUCGGUUCCUCAUCCCCCUUCUGGUGCCCCUGGUCCUUCUCUGUAGUCCUCAGGCCCAGCCCGUGCCCUGCCAGGGCUCCCUGGUCCUCUUUAACGCCCUAGGGGCACUCGUCUUUGGAUGCCUGCACCAGGGGGGCCUAGUGCCCAGCCUGGGACACCUGGAGCAAGUAGUUCAUGCCCCUGUGCCCCCAGGUCCACCCACCCACUACACACUGCUCUUCUCCCACACCUACAUGCCUCCCCGGCACCUCCUGCACCUCCCAAGCCUGGAGUCACCUGUGAAGGUGGUGGACAUGGCUGGGACAGAGGACUGGGUCCUGUGUCAGACCCUGAACAAUUUCACCAACCAGCCAGCCUGCCAGCCAGCGGGCGGGCCGUGGCUCUGCCGCCUCUUUGUGGUGACCCCUGGCACCACCAGACCUGCUGUGGAGAAAUGUGGUUUCCCCCUCAAAAGUGAAAUGCAUGUAUUUCCCCACUUGACCAUGGAAGACCCACCAGCGCUGUCCUCCCUGCUGAGUGGGGCGUGGAGGGACCACCUCAGCCUUCACAUUAUGGAGCUGGGGGAGAAGUCUGACACUGUGAUGGAGCAGCCCACAGCUCAGCCAUAG